GUCACUCGCGCCCGGCGACGACGUGUGUGCUGUGUAGCGGCCCCGACACUAUACGUUUCAAUUUUUGAUUUCCCGAUCUGAAAUGUUCCGGACAUGAGUCGUCUGUAUUAGCAGAUUAGUAAUAAGUUCAAUGUGAUUAGUAAACAACUACGCUACGUUCUCAUACUUUUGUUUAAGCUUAGAGUGAGAUAUACGCCAGCUGGCUGCGUGUAAUGUUUACGCGUCGUGCGCUGGGCGGCACGCGUCGGUGAUCGCGCCGGGCACGCGCCGCACGCUCGUCGUGUCGUGGCGCACGCAGACGACUUGACCUCGAGCUCAUCGUUAGGAGGAGAGAGAGCGAGCCCUUUUUAAUUUUUUUCAGUAAAAGAGCGGCGGCUCCGAGCUGUCGGGCGGCAGCGGCGGCGGCGAGCGCGAGCGCGCGCGGCGCCCCUCCACCUGCCGCGUGGAGAUGGGCGCGCUGCUGGCGGCCGAGCCGCGCCCGCUCGACAACAAAGUCAAGCGGCACAGCAUCCACGGCAUGACGGAGGAGGAGAACGUGGUGCGGCCGCACCAGGAGAUGGCAGUGCUGUCGCUGGACGAGAAGAAGUUCCUGCUGGGCGUGGAGCGCGGCGACGUGGCGGGCACGCGCCGGGUGCUGCAGCGCGCGCGCGACUCGGGCCACGUCAACGUGGACUGCGUGGACCCGCUGGGCCGCAGCGCGCUGCUCAUGGCCAUCGACAACGAGAACCUGGAGAUGGUGGAGCUGCUGCUGGAGUUCGGCGUGGAGACGCGCGACGCGCUGCUGCACGCCAUCUCCGAGGAGUUCGUGGAGGCGGUGGAGGCGCUGCUCGACCGCGAGGAGCGCGCGCGCAAGCCCGGCGAGCCGCACAGCUGGGAGGCGCUGCCGCCGGAGACGGCCACGUUCACGUCGGACAUCACGCCGCUGAUCCUGGCGGCGCACCGCGACAGCUACGAGAUCAUCAAGCUGCUGCUGGACCGCGGCGCCGAGCUGCCGCUGCCGCACGACGUGCGCUGCGGCUGCGACGAGUGCGUGCGCUCGCGGCGCGAGGACUCGCUGCGCCACUCGCGCUCGCGCAUCAACGCGUACCGCGCGCUGGCGUCGCCGUCGCUCAUCGCGCUGUCGUCCAAGGACCCCAUCCUCACGGCCUUCGAGCUGUCGUGGGAGCUGCGGCGGCUGUCGGCGCUGGAGCACGAGUUCAAGACGGAGUACCAGGAGCUGCGCGUGCAGUGCCAGGAGUUCGCCACGGCGCUGCUGGACCACACGCGCACGUCGCACGAGCUGCAGGUGCUGCUCAACCACGAGAAGGGCUCGCCGCAGGCGCCGCUGGCCGAGCCGGGCGCGCCGGAGCGCAUGCGCCUGUCGCGCCUCAAGCUGGCCAUCAAGCUGCGCCAGAAGAAGUUCGUGGCGCACCCCAACGUGCAGCAGCUGCUGGCCAGCAUCUGGUACGAGAGCGUGCCGGGCUUCCGGCGCAAGAACAUGCUGCUGCAGGCGGCGGAGAUGGUGCGCAUCGGCGCCAUGUUCCCGCUGUACGCGCUGGCGUACGUGGCGGCGCCGCACUCGGCGGCGGGCCGCACGCUGCGCAAGCCCUUCAUCAAGUUCCUGUGCCACUCCGCCAGCUACUUCAUGUUCCUGUUCCUGCUGAUCCUGGCGUCGCAGCGCAUCGAGACGGCCAGCGUGCUGUUCAGCGGGCACGGGGCGCCGCCCGCCGCGCCCGCCGCCGCGCCGCCCAACGCGUCCAGCGCGCCGGUGUCGCGCCGCGGCGCGCCGCCCUCGCUCGUGGAGUGGCUCAUCCUGGCCUGGGUCAGCGGCCUGAUCUGGAGCGAGGUGAAGCAGCUGUGGGACAUGGGGCUGCGCGAGUACGUGCUCGACAUGUGGAACGUGAUCGACUUCGUCACCAACUCGCUGUACGUCGCCACCGUCGCGCUGCGCAUCGUGUCGCACUUCCAGGUUUUGCGUGAAAUGUCCCUGGACCUCGAGUGGAACCAGCCGCGCGAGAAGUGGGACGCCUGGGACCCCAUGCUGCUGUCCGAGGGGCUGUUCUCCGCCGCCAACAUCUUCAGCAGCCUGAAGCUGGUGUACAUCUUCAGCGUGAACCCGCACCUGGGCCCGCUGCAGGUGUCGCUCAGCCGCAUGGUGCUGGACAUCCUCAAGUUCUUCGUCUUGGACAUCCUCGUCAUUUUCGCUUUCUCUUGUGGCCUCAACCAGCUGCUGUGGUACUACGCCGACAUGGAGAAGAAGAAGUGCUACACCGGGCCGACGCCGCCGCCCGCCAACGGCACGCUGCCGGACCCCGACGCCUGCGUCGUGUGGCGCCGCUUCGCCAACCUGUUCGAGACCAUGCAGACGCUGUUCUGGGCCGCGUUCGGGCUGGUGGACCUGGACUCGUUCGAGCUGGAGGGCAUCAAGAUCUUCACGCGCUUCUGGGGCAUGCUGAUGUUCGGCACGUACGCCGUCAUCAACGUCAUCGUGCUGCUCAACCUGCUCAUCGCGAUGAUGAACCACUCCUACCAGCUCAUCUCCGAGCGCGCCGACGUGGAGUGGAAGUUCGCGCGCAGCAAGCUGUGGAUCAGCUACUUCGAGGAGGGCGGCACGGCGCCUCCGCCCUUCAACGUGGUGCCUUCGCCGAAGUCCGCCGCGUACGCGUGGCGCUGGCUGCAGCGGCGCCUGUGCGGACAGACGCGCGCCAAGCGCGAGCACAUGCGCACCAUCCGGAGAAAGGCGAAGCAGGCCAACGAGCGAGACUUCAGGUACCAGGCCAUCAUGCGCAACCUGGUGCGGCGCUACGUGACGGUGCAGCAGCGGCGCGCCGAGUGCGGCGGCGUCACCGAGGACGACGUCAACGAGAUCAAGCAGGACGUGUCCGCCUUCCGCUGCGAGCUGGUGGAGAUCCUGCGCAACUCCGGCAUGAACACGUCCACGGCCAACGCGGGCGCGCCGGGCGGCGGCGGCGGCAAGAAGAACCGCCAGAAGGAGCGGCGCCUGAUGAAGGGCUUCAACAUCGCGCCCGGCGGCUCGCUGCCGCCCGUCGAGGAGUUCCUGGCGUCGCUGGAGCACGAGCACGACGCGCACGAGCACCGCGCGUCGCUGUCGGCGCUGCUGGGCCAGCGCCUGCGCGCCAGCCAGUCCAGCCUGUCGGACGCGCCGGCCGGCAGCGCGCGCCGCAAGCCGCCGCAGCACAAGCGCCGCUGGGGCACCAUCAUCGAGGCGGCGCGCGCGGCGCGCGUGUCGCGCCUCAUCGGCCGCUCGCGCUCCGAGGACUCGGUGUGCGACCACGCGCGGCCCUCGCCCAGCGGCAGCGAGCGCUCCGACUCCGGCAGCGACUCGCAGCGCAGCCCCGAGCGGCGCGCCGGCCCGCGGCACCCGCUGGCGGCGCUGGCGGCGCUCAAGCGCAAGCGCAAGAAGUUCUCCGACUCGCGGCGCGCCGACGGCCCGUCCGGCCCGCCGGAGGCGCUGCAGCGCGCCAGCUCCGUGCCCGCGCGCGCGCCGCCCGCGCCGCCGCCGCGCGACGCGCGCCCGCCGCCCUCGGUGUCGCCGUCCACCACGGCGGAGAGCGUGGCGGGGCGGGGCGGCAGCCGCGAGCCGCUGCUGGCCAGCCUGGAGGACGACGCGCUGAAGGACGCGUGCGGCCACUGCGGCUACGAGGGCGGCGAGGGCGGCGAGGGCGGCGAGGGCGGCGAGGGCGGGCAGGGCGGGCGGGGCGCGCGCGAGGCGGACGCGUGCUCGCGCUGCGCGGCGCUGGCGCGGCUGGCGGGCGUCACGCCGCUGCACGGGCACGCGCCGCAGCACUCGGCCGGCUGGCUGUAGCUGCGGGCCAGCUUGCGUCCGCGUGGCCGCUGGCAGAAGCCAGAGCUCGUUCGUUACACCGCGAGUACGUCUAGGGUGACGACUUCUUCCAGUUGUUGUUUAUACAAAUCUAAUAAAAAGGUGUUUAUUCUCAGAUGUUCUCGUUAAAGUACCUCGCCGCUGGAGGGCUAUGCUAAAGGCCUGUGCGUCGUAAAAGAUUCUACUGAUGAAAGGAAAACAAUUAUAAUCAUUUACUUGUAUUAUCAAAUUAUAGUAGGAGUAGGUAUAUUAUGAAACGGUUCUUAAAACGCACAAGCGGUUGCAUAUUGAACUGGAGAAGCGACGAGCCGGUUACCGCCCCGCGGCGUGACCGUAGAUGGUGCACGCACUGACGGUGUGCCAGUAUAUAAUAUUAUUUAUUAGGUAUAUUUCGUUGAGAUCACCGUCGUGGUCGCGGCUCCUCCCGCACCGCAGCCGAGCGCUGGGGCGACCACGGAGCGGACAUAUCUGUAGGUACAGUGCAUCAACGUACGUGUCCUACUACCUGAUACUUACGAGUAGUAGGUAUGUACACUAUACACGAACGAGAACUUUAUAUUGUGUACUUAAUAAAGUACGCGUAUACCUUAUUAGGUACAAACUUGUCGUGGUAAAGUUACAUAUUCUCGUAUGUUACGCGUUACUGUAGAAUGAAUAAAAGGACAUAUUUAUCGAACACCAACUAGUUAAGUAGAUGCAAUUAUUAUAACGUUAGUUAAGUCCAUUUUACACAUGACAUUUUAAUAUACCUAGAUAACAAAUAAAUUAUUAGACGAUAUUAUUGUUAUACAUAGGGUAGCCACGAGUGAGUGCUAGGCGCGCCCGAAGCCGCGCGGCGCGGCAGCAGAUGGCUACGAGCGAUGUGUUCCAGAAGGUUUUCCACGUACGUUAAGUUGUCGUCCGCACACGGAGUAGCAUAUACACUUAGGGGUUAAGGUCGAACAAGAACAAACAGGGAUUUUAUGUGAAACAUGUCCAAUUUACUGAUUACGCUGACUCCGCCGCUGCCGACUCCACCGCCUCCAGCCGCCACACGCUAGGUCGUGGCCCUUCGGACAACGAACGACCGUCAAAGUCGAUAAGUAGUUGCGGUAGCACAAGUGUCCGUGUCUAGUAGUAGUAGCAGAUGUAGAAGUGCACUCCGCAUACGUGUCCGUGAUACUCGUCAGUUCCUACGUUCCGAGUCACGUUUUGCUAUCGCUAUCGGUAUUGUACCAACGACGAAAUGUUUUAGUAAAUUAGGUAGAUGAGUUGAGAUAUUAUAAAAGUGUCGGUGCAGAUUAAAAUAAUUAUUUAUUAGAAUAACUCAUUCGACUUCCUGGCAGUCCCUGUAUAUUGUCAGGUGGUACUCGAAUGUAAGCGACCGUCUGACCUGUAUGCUAAUGGGAUGUUUAAGUAUCGAUAAAAACAAUUUAGAUGCCUAAUGCCUUACCUAUCUGUACCUAUAGACUAAUUACAGCAAGGUUCUAAGUAAUACCUACAACGAAAUCGAUAACAAUACUUACAAUAUUCUUGCAUUGAGUUCCUACAGUUGAAAGCUAGAAGUAGUGUACAUUGGGAGCUUUUAUAUGAACAUUAGAGCUUACCUGGGGAACGGAAGCUCGCCCCACAGCUGCAGCUACGCGAACGCCACGCUACAGCGGCGCUGUGGCACUUUAUUUUAAAACAUCAUGAGCUUAUUACAUAGUCCCGUUAAUUACAAUAUAUUUAGUUUUAAUAUAAAUUAGUUAGCAGUGGCGUAGCGGUGGUGGGGGGCGGGGGCAUAGCCCGGUUGGUCCGGCUCAGUCCGAACGUGACAAUGGAAUUGCUAAAGUCUGUCAUCCAUUUAAGCACAAGAAUACAUCUCCAAUAGCUGCACUGAAGAAUGAAAGUUGCACGUUGCACUGCAGUGAUGUUUGACUCGCUCGGCAGGUGCUGUGUGCUCAUUCCGAAGCAGUGGAUAUAGUUUAACUUGAUUUUCAAUAAGUUGUACGAUAUAAAUUACCUGUUUACGUCCAUUGCAUCAAAUAUUGUAACUAUAAACUAAUUAUUAAAAGCCCCCGAGCAGCGCAAAGCCACGCUACGCCAUUGGUUAAUUAUAAAUAAUUAAUUAGUUACUUAGGUACAAGCAGAUUGAAAGGGACAAAUCGCACACAAAGACGUCAGUCAGUCGGCAGUCGACCGGCUGCGACAAUUGCGACACUUGCGACAGUCGGCGGUGUUCACUGGUCCGGUCGCAGAGCUGCCGAUGUAGUCGCUGUCGUGUCGUGGCAUCGAUUGUCGUAUCGAGUACGAGUAGUAUCACCGGAGGCCUUCACGCGUUCAGUUGUUGCGGCGCGAGCGCCACAUAAUCGAGUUAUAUUUUGUAAAGAGUUGUUGUUUAUUUAUACAAUAUAUUUGUAUAUAACGGUGCGAGGUUUAUAAUAAAAUUAAGCACUUGA